AUGGCAUCGCGGCUACUGAGUUCGAGAUCAUUUUUAUCUCUUGUCAAUAAAAGACAAUGGACCUCUCGUGGAUUGGCUACAGCAAAGAACUUGCUACCUACAUUCCGUACCUCUGUACUCCCAAAUGGAUUCACAGUUGCCACUGAAGAGAACCCUGCUUCUCAGACUGCUACAGUUGGUGUCUGGAUCGAUGCUGGAUCGCGUGCUGAGAAUCCUCAAAACAAUGGAGCUGCGCAUUUCCUAGAGCACAUGGCUUUUAAGGGAACAAAAACUCGCUCUCAGCGCGACCUUGAGCUACAAAUCGAAAACAUGGGUGGUCAUUUGAAUGCAUAUACGUCCAGAGAACAGACAGUAUACUACGCAAAAGCAUUCAAAUCCGAUGUCCCAAAGGCAGUCGAAAUCCUCUCUGACAUUCUUCAGAAUUCGACCCUGAAGCCAGGUGCUAUCGAGCGUGAGCGUGACGUGAUCCUGAGAGAACAGGAAGAGGUCGACAAGAUCAUGGAAGAGGUUGUCUUUGAUCACCUGCACGCCACUGCAUUUAGAAACGAAUCUCUCGGACUGACUAUCCUUGGGCCCAAAGAAAACAUCGAAUCGCUUUCCCAAACCGACUUGGCAAACUACAUCAAGACAAACUACACCGGAGAGCGCAUGAUUCUUGUGGGUGCUGGUGCUGUUGAUCACGACUUGCUUGUACAGCUCGCCCAAUCUCACUUUGGCCAGCUUCCUACAGUUGCUAGUGCCCAGACCAGCAAAAGUGCAACAAAACAGCCCAAAUUUACCGGAUCCACUGUUCGGUUCUCUGACCAGAAUGCAAACCUUGCUCACAUCGCUGUCGCAGUAGAAGGUGCAAGCUGGACUUCACCCGACUACUACCCUUUGCUUGUCAUGCAGUCUAUCAUUGGCUCUUGGGACCGUACAAUGGGAGCCACAGGUCACUUGGAAUCUGGUCUGUCUUCUGUCAUGCACAAACACCAGUUGGCAAACUCAUUCAUGUCCUUCAACACUUCCUACAAGGACACCGGACUCUGGGGUAUCUAUUUAGUUUCGGAGAACAGAGACAGGUUGGAUGAUGUCCUUUUGGCUGUCCAGAAUGAGUGGGUCCGUCUUUCUACCGCAGUCACUGUAAAUGAGAUCGAAAGAGCCAAGCAGCAGCUCAAGGCUGGUCUCUUGUUGGGUCUUGAUGGAAGCACGCCCAUCGCAGAAGACAUUGGUCGUCAGCUUUUAACUGCUGGAUCCCGCCAGUCACCAAAGCAGGUCGAAGAAGCCGUCUCUCGCGUUACUGCCGAGGAUAUUUCUAGAGUUGCAAAGGAGUAUCUCCAGUACAAAAAGGCUGCUGUGAUUGGAAUUGGACCAGUAGAUGGAAUGGGUGAUUACAACAAGCUCACCGGAAGAACACCCUAAACAGUGAAUAUAUAUAUAUAUACAUUCACGCACAUUCUCUCUUUUAUUUAUCACCACCUCUCUCCCUUAUACACACACAAACACACAAACACUUUUAUAUAUGUGUACAUUUUUUUUGUUGAUAUUAUAAUCAUUGUCUUUAUACUUUUUUCCCUUUUUUGUUUUCUCUUUUAUCCUCUCCUUAUCUUUUUAGAAAUUACAAGGCUUAUUAUACAAACGAUUACAUAGAAUUCUUCACAAGAAGUAUCAAUGAGAGAUAUCUUCUUUUUGAUACCUAUUUUUUCUAAAAAAAAAAACUUGAACUUUUGAGAACCGUGCCUUCAAAAGAAAAAGAAGAAAAGAACCAAGCAAACAAACAACACAAGGAUUAAGAUUCUGUGCCAACUGUAAAGAAAAUAAUUACUAUUUGAGACUUUAGGCGAAAAUGACGCUGAAAAAAUAAAUUACUUCUUGUAAACACUUUGCCUACUAUUG